AUGGAGGCUUCCUUCCCUUCUAUCCAGUCCUUCUUUUCUAGAGAAGUGCUGUCAAACUCACAAAACAAUAAUGAUGAGUCUUCAAUCAUACGUAAGCCAGGGGAUGGCUUCACAGACUCUGAAGUGAACGCAGCACUCAAUCCACUCUCCUGUGAGUGGAAGCCCCAACGAGCGUAUGAGAGAUGUGAUAUAUCUUUCCUUGAAACCGGUCCGCACAACUAUGAAAUCUCCGGACGAGUUGUGAAUUUCAGAAUCGAUGUUCAAGGCCAUCAUCUUUUCAUCGUUAGUGAUGGGACAGGAGUUAUUGCAGUCAAGGUUUACUAUCUAAGUGUGUCGGACUACCAGGAAGUGCUUCUUGGGCAAAGAGUUACAAUAUGGACGACCUUUAUUUCCAACGCUACCAACCUUCAAUACCGCAGUAUACCCUUCUGUAUGUCAGUAACGACCAUCCUUCCUGGUCGCAAUGUAUCAACCCAUAUAAUCUUCCAUAACGACUCCCCUGGCUCAGACGCAUAUCGCAUUUUGCGCUGCCCCUUGGACUGUGACCUGGAGAAUUAUGACUAUCUUCCCGGGCUCAUGACACUGAAAGCCUUCCUAUCUACUGGGCACGAUAUGACAGGAAGCAAAAUACUUGUCUGUGUGCGAAGCGUUGGACAGCGUAGAACGAUCCAUUCGAAGAAAAACCAGAAGUCACUUAACAUGGUAGAGGUGGGUGUAUUCGACGAUACGGCAACUUGUACCCUAAAGCUAUGGGAGGAUAAGAUUGCUUCGGCCAAGACUUGGGCCCCGAGCCAGACCAUGUUACUCAUCUCUAAACCAACCUGCCGAGCCGGCCAAAUGCCGGUGCAUCUAGGCAUUGCACACAACUCAAUUAUUGAUGUCGAUCCUGAAUUUCCUGAAGUUGAUUGGCUCAGAAGUAAGCUGAAGAAUAUAACCAAGCGGCAAAGUAUCUGCCUCCCUUUCCCUACAGAAACCUGGAACAUCGAUCUCGCCAUUCACGGGCCGGGCCGAACCCUGUUUACUAUUGCCGAGAUUGAAGAACAAGUCCGGUUUCCUGACACUGCCGUAAACUUUACUGGAAAGUUGCAUGUCAUGAUCGUGGAGAUGAAAAUCAUGGAGCUUUGGUAUAAAAACAACACGUGCUGCGUUGAAUGUUGUGGGAUCCCGCUCUACUCCAACAAGCCUGUUGCAACCUGUAAGAACUGCGGGUCGCAUAGAGACCUUUCACUUAACCCGCGAAUUAUCGGGUCGUUAAUUGAUGAAAGCGGUACGGUAGCGGCUAGUAAGCUUGUGUGGCACGAUGACGCCUGGACCCAACUCUUCUUCGGGGGCACGGAAAAGGGGCCGCAAUUCGAAGACGGCUCCGAGGCCAAUUUAAUUGAGCAGUCGUGGGAGGACCUCACUGCUCUUGACAGGAUUUCGCUGAAAGAUAUUGAGGAUUCCAUGCUUUACAGUCACGUCACGUUGACUUUCGGGCUUCACGUCUUCAUGGCUAAAUGA